UGUAUGGAAGUGUUUAGCAAAGGAAUACACCGUGCAUUGGUACCAAUAGACAGCCACAUGGAAAACAUUGCAGUAGUGGAGCUCGCGGAGUCUGCCUCAAGCUAUCGGAUGCUCACACAAAUGGACCUCUUGAGGUUCUUGAAAGCACACGCCUCCGAGCCUGAGCUGAGAGGUGUCAUGUCGCACACUGUCUCACAAUUGGGAGGGGUCACCGAUAUCAUUUUCGGGGUAACACACCGUGCAAAAGUCAUCCAAGCCAUCAAGUGCAUGAGGACUGCUGCACUAAAUGCUGUUCCAAUUGUUGAAGCUUCAAGUGGCCUUAGAGAAGAUCACAGUCAGCUUAUAAAUGGCAAAGGGAGGAAGCUAAUAGGGACAUUUUCAUCUACAGAUUUGAGGGGAUGUCCAAUUUCUGAAAUGCAGUCCUGGUUGCAAGAAAGUGUCCUCGACUUCACUGAGACACUUUCAGCAAGCCCUUCACACACGGCUUCUACCCAGGUGACUUCACCGAGGGAGCUCGUGGCAUGCCGUGGUGAAUCAAAUCUAGCAGAAGUAAUCGACAAGGCUGUGACCAAGCAGGUGCACCGAGUCUGGGUUGUGGACCAGCAGGGCUUGCUCGAUGGGCUUGUUUCGCUCACUGACAUGAUUAGUGUGACAAGGGCCUCUCUGCUUUCAGAAUCCUCCUAAAUUCCUCCUAAUGUGCAUGACCUUUAAGCUGGUUUGAGUAGUGUCAUCUAUAUUAUUAUGUAUGACAUUCCCAAGCUUUGUUGUGACAUUUAAUAGUUUCUUCAGUGGUUGUAAAUUUGGGAAUGAGCAAGUUGGGUGAAGUUAUUAUUCUUCAGUGGUUGCAGGUGGCAUUGAGUAAUUUUUUAUAUGCUAGAAUGUUGU